AUGGAGUCUCGUGGCAAAGGCGAUCGGACUUCGUAUAGAGGUUCUCGGAGACCUUUGCAGGAUACACCCGUUAAUGUAGCUUAUUCUUCAUCAACUAGAGCACCGGCUCCACCCAACUAUUCCAAGCCCCGAGCAUUCGAUAAUCAGGAGCAGCAGAAGACCACUCAGCAAACAUCGAACAGAUCAUACAAGCAGGCCGACUCCUACGAGCCUCAUGGCACUGGAGAGUAUGUUGGGGAUACCUCCUCGAGUCCUGUCGACCCCCCCCCUUCGACCCCCCCACCCCAGAAGCCGAACGCACACCGUGCUAGAGUCAAGGCACAGGUUGGCCCGUGGCUCCUUGGACGUACUCUAGGGAAGGGAAGUAGCGGAAGAGUUAGACUGGCUAAGCAUGUCGAGACCGGUCAAUUCGCCGCCAUUAAGAUCGUUGGAAAGGGGAAUGAUGAGAUGGUUGGUGAAAAUGGGCAGGAGAGACCUCUACCACCGGGCUUGGAGCGAGAGGUGGUUAUUAUGAAGUUGAUUUGCCAUCCGAAUGUUAUGGGUCUGUGGGAUGUUUGGGAGAAUCGUGGAGAGCUAUAUCUUGUUCUGGAAUACAUCGAAGGUGGCGAACUCUUUGAUUACUUGACUCGCCGUGGCCGUCUGCCGGAGCCUGAGGCUCUUAUGUACUUCCGUCAAAUUCUUUCUGGGAUCGAUUACUGCCAGCAUUUUAAUAUCUGCCAUCGCGAUUUAAAGCCAGAGAAUCUUUUACUCGAUUCCAAUGGAAAUAUCAAGAUUGCUGAUUUUGGUAUGGCUGCUCUACAGCCUCAUGGAUCUCUCCUAGACACUCCUUGUGGAUCUCCUCACUAUGCGUCCCCUGAGAUUGUUUCGGGAAAGCAUUAUGAUGGGGCGAAGUCUGAUAUUUGGUCUUGUGGUAUCAUUCUGUUCGCUCUUUUGGCUGGGUACCUCCCGUUCGAUGACGACAAUAUUCGGAAGCUGUUGCAAAAGGUUAUGAAGGGACGAUUUGUUAUGCCAGUUGAAUUCUCGAUAGAAGCACAGGACCUAAUAACGAGAAUGCUGACCAUCGACCCUGAAGAGCGCAUAUCCAUGGAAGAGAUCUGGAAACACCCUCUUGUGCGGAUGUACGCCCCUUUGGACCCGGUCACAGGCGAGGAGGCCGAUAGGGGUCCGAAGCCUCCGCGCUCGAAAGAUAUCGGACGACCAGUAAAGCAUGGAAGAGAUAUCGAUGGUGAGAUAUUAAAGAAUUUGCAGACUCUUUGGCAAGGUGUUGAAGAAAAUGCCCUGAUCGAGAGGUUGUUGAAUAAUGUGUAA